UUUUCAAUAAAGAAAACGCCUAAACUGUGCUGUCCGUUUCACUUUAUUUCUACAGGCCGACUCAGAUUAAGUCUGAGGCCGGUAACAUCAACAGUGAGGACAAACUCAGCUUGCCUCUCUCCUUCCACACUGAGUCCAAUCCUACAGUCACUGGGUCCUGAUUGUGACAGUGGAGCCCAGUUUGCACUGCAGGGUCCAGAGAUGGCAUCAGUGAAGCUGGAAGACUGCAGUCAAACACUGGAGGUGAAUGUCAACAUUAAAGAUGAAGAAGAGGAGGAGAUGAUUGGGAAAUCUGUUAAUCAUGGACACCGUGUUGAGACAUUCUCUACAUCCAGAGAGACACAGCAGGAAGAUCACAGAGCUAAGAGGUCUCACCACUGCCCACGUUGUAAGGAGAGUUUCUCAAUUCUAUCAAAGUUAAAAAUACACCUAAAAAUACACACAGGAGAGAAUCUGUAUUCCUGUACUGACUGUGGGAAGAAUUUCACAACAUUAAAGGUUCUGACAGUUCAUCAGAGAGUGCAUGAACGGAUACACACAGGAGAGAAGACUUACUCCUGCUCUAAUUGUGUAAAAUGCUUCACAUCAUCAACUAAGCUAAAAAUUCAUCAGAGAACACACACAGGAGAGAAGCCUUACUUAUGCUCUGACUGUGGGGCUAGUUUCUCUCGACUGGGCCACCUAAAAACACAUAAACGUAUACAUACAGGAGAGAAGCCUUACUCCUGCCCGGACUGUGGAAAGAGUUUCUCUCGACUGGGCAAUUUAAAAACACAUGAACGUAUGCAUACAGGAGUAAAGCCUUACUCCUGCUCUGACUGUGGAAAGAGUUUCUCUCGACUCGGCCACCUAAAAACACAUGAACGUAUACAUACAGGAGAGAAGCCUUACUUCUGCUCUGACUGUUUAAAAUGCUUCACAACAUCAACUGAGCUAAAAGUUCAUCAGAGAACACACACAGGAGAGAAGCCUUACUCCUGCUCUGAUUGUUUAAAAUGCUUCACAACAUGCUCUGGGCUUGAAGGUCAUCGGAGAACACACACAGGAGAGAAGCCUUACUCCUGCUCUAAUUGUGUAAAAAGCUUCACAUCAUCGACGAAGCUGAAAAAUUCAUCAGAGGACACACACAGGAGAGAAGCCUUACUUAUGCUCUGACUGUGGGGCGAGUUUCUCUCGACUGGGCCACCUAAACACACAUGAACGUAUACAUACAGGAGAGAAGCCUUACUCCUGCUCCGACUGUGGAAAGGGUUUCUCUCGAAUGUGCAACUUAAAAACACAUGAACGUAUACAUACAGGAGAGAAGCCUUACUUUUGCUCUGACUGUGUAAAAUGCUUCACAACAUCAACUGAGCUAAAAGGUCAUCAGAGAACACACACAGGAGAGAAGCCUUACUCCUGCUCUGAUUGUGUAAAAUGCUUCACAACAUACUCUGGGUUAAUAGGUCAUCAGAGAACACACACAGGAGAGAAGCCUUACUCCUGCUCUGACUGUGUAUGCAUACGUUCAUGACUGGGAAAAGUUUCUCUCGACUGGGCCACCUAAAAACAUAAUCGUAUGCAUACAGGAGGGAAGCCUUACACCUGCUCAGACUUUGGAAAGAGUUUCUCUCGAAUGGGCCAGUUAAAAAGACACAAAAAAUACAUAAAAUAUACAUAAAAUCAGAAGAGCCUCUUCAGUUCUCAAAGACCAGCUGAGAUUAAAGUCACUCCAUCCCUUAAGUCUCGUAAAAUAAGUGAUAACUGUGAACUGGAUCAAGUGAAGAAAGUGUAGAACACUCUAUUGAAAUCCUAUUGUUUCUCACUGUGAGAGAACUGUGCAGAGGAAAGGGAGCAUUACAGAAUGUUAGCCUCUCUUUACUGAUCAGUGUGCACCUUGUCAGUUUUGGUGUGUUUUGUUAGCUUCUACUGUAAAGAUAUUGAGAUGACCAUGGAUUUGCCCUUAGGGUUGAAUAUCCUCUGUGAGGCGUCUCACAAUGGAGUGGUUGACUGGGUGGUACUGCUUCCAUGAGAUGGUUGACACAACAUACACUGAGUGUACAAAACAUUAAGGACACCUGCUCUUUCCAUGACAUAGACUGACCAGGUGAAUCCAGGUGAAAAGCUAUGAUCCUUAAUGAUGUAGUUUUUGUGUAUUUAUUAUGGAUCCUCAUUAGCUUCCAGCAGAAAACAAGAGACUGCGGUUGCAGUGGGCUAAGGAAUGAAAACACUGGACACUGGAACAUUUUAAAAACAUGGACUGGUCUGAUGAAUCCUGGUUCCUGCUGUGUCAUGCUGAUGGGAGGACUAGGGAAUGGAGGAAACCACGAGUACAUGUAUCCCUGCUGUGUCAACAUUGCAGGCUGGUGGUGAUGGUGUGGAGUGUGUUUCAUGGCACAUAUUGGACCCCUUGAUAGAAGUGGAGCAGCGUUUGAAUACCACAGGAUAUCUAAACAUCCUUGCCAAUCAGGUGCAUCCCUUCAUGGCAGCAGUGUAUCCAUCUGCAAAUAGAUUUUUUUCAGCAGGAUUAUGCCCCAUGGCACAAAGCUUGUUCAGGAAUGGUUCCAAGAACAUGACAGUGAAUUCUGCGGUGGCCUGCUGAGUCACCAGUUCUCAAUCCAAUUGUGCAUCUGUGGCAGGAGAUGGAACGAGCUAUUCGGAGUAGAUCCACUCCCAGCCGACUUGACACAAUUGUAGGAAUCAUUGGAGUCGACAUGGACCAGCAUCCCUGUGGAACGCUCUCAACACCUUGGACACUCUAUGCCCUGAUGAAUUAAGGCUGUUCUGAGGACAAACGGGGCUGCAACUGAAUAUUAGGAAGGUGUUCCUAGUGUUUUGUGCACUCCGUGUAUAUCAGAUAAAGAUGGUGAAAUGAUCAGUUUUUAGCAUUAGUUUGGGUGGAUUAUUUUAUAUUACUAAACAACUUUUGUUUAAUGAUAAACAGACUAUGAACUGUAUUUUAAUACUGGAUGUAUUAUUUUAGUCAUUGAUAAAUGUAUUUGAAUAACUGUAUUGAAGGUAAUUGAUCUGGCGGCAGGUAGCCUAGCGGUUAAGAGUGUUGGGCCAGUAACUGAAAGGUCACUGGUUUGAAUCCCGAGCCGACUAGGUGAAAAAUCUGUCAUUGUGCCCUUGAGCAAGGCAAUUAACCCUGAAUAUUUCCUGUAAAUCGCUCUGGAUUAGAGCAUCUGCAAAGUGACAAGAAUGUAAUGAAAAAUGUUUGUACAUGAUUUUUUUUUUACCAUUAUUUAACUAGGCAAGUCAGUUAAGAACAAAUUCUUAUUUUCAAUGAUGGCCUAGGAACAGUGGGUUAACUGCUUUGUUCAGGGGGAGAACAACAGAUUUUUACCUUGUCAGCUCGUGAUUCGAUUUUGCAACCUUCCGGUCACUAGUCCAACGCUCUAACCACUAGGCUACCUGCUGCCCCGGUGCGCAACCACUUCUUUUUCUCUUGUGUAUAAUUAAAUGAAAUAAACUGUUUGAAGUGAAAUACUGUAUAUACAAUACACAACAUUACCACUUUGUUUACCCUGGUCAGACGGACAGGGCCAUAGUAAGCUAGAUUAUGUAGCUGUUGUUGUUAGUAGCCUACAGUUUCCAUGCAAUACAGCAUGUCAGAUCACUAAUGAGUCUGUGUUUAGGCUGCUACAUUUAUGCAAGAGUUUUUGCUUGUGUCUUUCGGGAGUGACGUAUUAUCAGGCUAUAUAACUACUGGAGGGAAGUGGAGAGCCGCCUUGAACUUUGUACCCGGCCCGCCCGAGAUGGUCAAGAGACGCAGAGAGCCUGCAGCAGCACUCUGAAGUGAAGAACAGCCCUUACAAAAAUGUACGAUUGUAGUACAAUUAAAAAUACAUAGCAUGGUAUUGUUGUGGAAUGGUAGGGACCACAAAACUUGGAACAUAGAAGAAACUGACAGAUGUGUCAUAAUAGCCCGGAAGUAACGCUGCACUUGGAGACACAUUUGAAAUGGAUUACAUUGUCUCCACCCUGCUGCAUGUAUUCAAUCACAGUAAAAUACGAUUCAAAUGUAUUGUUGGAAGGGCUGUGGUCACCAUUCAUGUAAUACAUUAAAUAUAUACAUCAGAUGGUAUUGGGGAGCUUUUCACAGGUACAUUAUUUACUCCUUUCAAUCUUUUACCAACCAACCCUAUGCUUGGUGUGACUGUUAUGGGCAGAGCAGACCAUCUGAUAUGCCCUUAAAUAUUGUAAUAUGUAACCUGGAAUUAAAAUGUAAGAGGACCAGUGCUUCUACAGUGAAA